UGGAGCAGCAGAGCCCGGGCAAUGUUUGACCUGCUCACCGCCAUGAUAGCGACCCUGUUGCCGCUUCUGCUGUUCUGCUUCUCCCCGGGAGAAACUCAACAAGACCCCGCUCCUGUCAGACAUUAUUAUGUAGCGGCUAAGGAAAUCGGCUGGGACUACAUCCACCUGGACGAUGCUGACCCAUUGUCUGAGCAGAGGGGGGGAAGGUCCAAAGAUAAUCCUCAAAAAUAUAUCAAGGCAGUGUACAGGGAGUACACAGAUUCCACAUACACUGUCCCCAGGCCAAGGCCAGCAUGGACAGGUAUCCAAGGCCCAGUGAUCGUGGCCAAGGCCAGUGACAGGGUGGUGGUUCACUUCAAAAACCUGGCCUCUCAGUCGUACAGUAUCAGCCCCGUGGGGAUCAGCUACUGGAAACUGUCUGAAGGAGCUGGGUAUGAUGACUCCACAACGGGUCAGGAGAAGGAGGAUGAUGCUGUCCCUCCUGGAGGAUACUAUGAGUAUGUGUGGGAUAUCAGCGCCAAAGACAGUCCCACCAUCAGUGAUCCAGAGUGUCUCACCUACUCCUACUCAUCCCAGGUGGACCCAGUCCGUGAUGUAAACUCAGGACUCAUCGGUGCCCUGCUUAUCUGCAAAUCAAGUGCUUUCUCUGAAGAUGGCCAGAGGAAACAUCCAGGGUUCGUCCUGCUGUUUGCCGUGUUUGACGAGACCAAAAGCUGGUACGGAGAGGUAGGGGAGAGAAUGAGCAGAGAGAAGUUCAAGAGGAGCAGCAACAGGAAAGAAUACCACACCAUCAAUGGAUAUGUCAACUCCACGUUACCCGGUUUGAAAGUGUGUCAGGGUCAUAAUCAUGUGUUUUGGCAUCUGAUUGGGAUGGGCACAGCUCCAGAAAUACACUCCAUUCAGAUUCAGGAUCACACCCUGCAGGUGUCGGCCCAUCGUAAAGCCACCAUGGAGGUGACUCCUAUGACAUUCAUCACUGCAAAUCUUAGACCUGCUACAGUUGGUCGCUUUCUCAUCAGCUGUCAGAUAUAUGCUCACCGCCACGAUGGUAUGAAUGCUCUGUUUGAGGUGGAGAAAUGCACAGAGCCUGCUGGACCAGGCAUGCGUAACGUCAAACAGAAGGAUGAAAUGGAAAACAGUUAUCAGGACUAUAACUUCAAUGUGGUCAACUCCAAUAGCUUUCAGACAUCACAAGUGCAAGUAAGAUCAUUCGGGGGCGAGCAGUCUCAGAUCUGGAAGCACUUCAUCGCCAUUGAAGAGGUCACCUGGGACUACGCUGGUCAUCUCAAACCCACAGACAUUAAGCUGCAGUCUGAAUAUCUGCCUGCAGCUCCACAUCACCUGGGGUACAGGUAUAAAAAAGUAGCCUAUGUGGAGUACACAGAUGGAUCUUUCACUCAGAAGAAAACCCCUGACUCGAUACUGCUGGGUCCUCUUCUGAAGGGAAAAAUCAAGGACCAAAUCCAUAUAACUUUGAGAAACAUGGCCGAUCGCCCUUUCAACAUCUACCCCAAUGGGAUUACCCAGAUAUACCCACUGGACAGGUCCUCAGAAGAGAAGGACCUGCGCUCAAUGGGAGUGCCCCCCAACGCGACAUUUACCUAUGUUUGGAGGCUAACAGUAGAUGAUGGGCCCUUGACUGGAGACCCACAGUGUCUGACCCAGAUGUAUCAGAGCACAAUAAAUCCAGAGAGGGACUUGGCUUCUGGGCUGGUGGGCACCUUUCUGAUCUGCAAGCAUGGAGCCUUAAACACCAAAGGACGCCUGAUUGUCCCUGAUAGUGAGUUGAGUGUGGUAUUUGCUGUGUUUGAUGAAAACAGAAGUUGGUACUUCAACGAAAACAUGCAGAAUUCCAGCCAAAUCACCCCAAACACAACUGAAUUCUACAAAUCAAAUGUCAUUCACAGUGUGAACGGCAUCAUGUUUAACACGCGACAGUUUGCCAUUCGCAAGACUGACGUCACCUUCUGGCAUGUGGCCAACGUGGGCACCCAGAGUGACUUCCUGUCAGUUUAUUUCACUGGAAACCUCUUCCAAUACCAAGGCCUCCACCAGUCUGUCCUCACCCUGUUCCCCAUGACUGGUGUGACUGUUUCAAUGGAAUCAGAGGUGAUAGGUGAGUGGGAGAUCAGCGCCUUCGACAGCAGCCUGAAAAAACGCGGCAUGAGUGUCCAUUACACUGUUCCUCACUCCAUCACCGGAGAGCACCAACUAGUUGACAGUCCUGAGGAUGAAGACCUUUCCGAGUUCAUGGAUGAUAUGCAGAGGAGCAGAAGGUCUCAUAAUCACACCGUGCUGGUCACAGUGUGUAAUAACAGUACUCAGUCAGUAAACACUUCUGGUCUAAAUGUCACUGAAGCUGAGAGGGCUGUAGGAAACGCAGGAUGUCAGCUGAAAGAAGUGACAAAAAUCACAUCAAUGGAUGAACUAAAUGAAGAAAUCCCUCUGGAUGUGCUGGAGGCAAUAGAUGGAGACGAAGAAUGGACUGAGUCUCAGACGGGGGCUGAAGCUGGAGGAGCGGGAGCCAGAAGACGGAGAAGACAAACUGAAGGGAACUGGACGGAUGUAGAUAUCAGUUCGGGGGCCUCUGAAGAUGGAGGCACUGAGAUAGAGAUUGGAGAACAGGCUGCAAAAAAUGUAUCUUACAGAAGUGAGGAGGUCAAAAUUGAUUUAAUUAGUGAAAUGUUAAGUUUAAAAAAUGAGACAAAGGAGGAGCUUGAGGAGAGUAACGAGAUCUUGUUGAACAAAGAUCCACUGCUGGACACGGAGAUCCACACUGAAGAAAAAACAGAUUCAGAAGAAAUGAAUCAAAACCAAAUUCUAUCUGAACUCCUAAGACGUCAUGUGGAGUUAAACCUCACAGCUGAUAACAACACCAUGAUGACGGACCUUUCUCUUGAGUAUGAUGACUACAGCCAAGAGGUUAACAGCACAUCAGAUGUAUUUGGCACGGACUACAUUGACCCUCGCUCUGGAGAGAUCAGAUCUCAAACUUACUACAUUGCUGCAGAGGAGAUCACUUGGGACUACGGCAUCAGAAAACCACGUCAGCUCAUUAAACCCAGGGAAAUGCGCCGUGGGAUGAGGAAGUUCUUGCCAGAGUAUAAGAAAGUUGUGUUUCGAGCCUACUGGGACGAAAACUUUAACAAUCCCUUAGGCAGAGGAGAGUUCCAGCAACACCUGGGAAUUAUGGGACCAGUUAUCAGCGCAGAGGUUAAUGAACGCUUCACUGUGCUCUUUAAGAACAAGGCAUCCAGACCUUACUCCUUUCACCUUCAGGGAGUCUAUGAUCAUGUACAUGGGGCUGGUAUUUCCCAAACUCACACCCCCACAGCUCCGCCCGGGGUCCCAGGAGAUCCUGUGCCUCCUGGGGAGGCACGGACCUACAACUGGAAAGUAACCAAGAAGCAAGGGCCAUCCGAGAAUGAAUUUGACUGCAAAGCUGGAGCUUAUUACUCCACUGUGGAUAAGGAGAGGGACCUUCAUUCAGGUCUGAUCGGUCCACUGUUGAUCUGCAAACCAGAUACCCUUCAGACUCAGAAAAUGCUGGAAAAAAACGUUGCAGAGUUCUCCCUUCUUUUCCACAUGUUUGAUGAAACUAAAAGCUGGUACAUGGAGGAGAACCUGCAGCGUCACUGUGCACCACCCUGUCAGGUCAACACUGAGGACCCUUGGUACCACACCAGCAACAAGUUUGCAGCAAUAAAUGGUUACGUGGCAGAGACACUCCCGGGCCUGUUGGCUGCUCAGCGCCAAAAAGUUCGGUGGCACCUGCUGAAUGUCGGAAGUGACGGUGAAUACCAUGCUGUACACUUCCAUGGUUUACCUUUCACCGUUCACACGAAUCAGGAACACCGUAUGGGGGUCUACAAUCUCUACCCUGGUGUGUUUGCUACAGUUGAGAUGGAACCCCCCAACGUUGGCACAUGGCUGGUGGAGAACACCAUAGGAGAGUACCAGCUGGCUGGCAUGAGAGCUAAACUACUGGUCCAUAACCCAAAAUGUGUAAUGCCUCUGGGGAUGAAGUUAGGACGGAUUGAAGAUUCCCAGAUCACAGCGUCAGAUAACAUGGAUAGCUGGCAGCCAAGGCUGGCCAGACUGGAUCAGUCCGGUUAUAUCAAUGCCUGGAUGGGCAGAAACAGUAACUCCUGGUUACAGGUGGACCUGCAGAGGCCCACCCUGCUGCAUGGUGUGCAGACACAGGGGGUCAGGGCUAAGCUGUGGGACUACUUCAUCAGAGUCUUUAGCAUUUCUUACAGUCUGGACCAAGAGACCUGGAGCACUUACAGAGGAAACAAAACAAAGCAGAAGCAUAGGUUUCCUGGUAACAUUGACAGCUCCAGUGUGAAAACAAACCCCAUCAUUCCACCGAUUGUUGCCCGCUAUGUCAGGAUUCAUCCCUUAGAUUUUAAACACAGGCCUGCCCUGAGACUGGAGCUGUUGGGCUGUGAUCUAAAUAGUUGCUCUCUGCCUCUCGGGCUCCAGAAUCAGAUGUCCUCGAUUCCAGACAACAGCUUUAUAGCUUCAUCACAUUAUUCAUCUCUGCUGCGAAGCUGGGCCCCCCAUCUCGCCCGCCUACAUCUGGAAGGCAGCACCAAUGCCUGGAGGCCAAAGAACAACAACCCCCAUGAGUGGCUGCAAGUUGACUUGGGGAAGGUAAAACGCAUCACAGCAGUCAUAACCCAAGGAGCACGAUCACUGCUGACCCAAAUGAUGGUGACGGAGUUCUCAGUCACCAUAAGCCGCGAUGGACACCAAUGGGACAGUGUGCUAGAAGAGAGCUCCCAAAGAGAAAAGAUCUUCCAAGGAAACAACGAUUCGGAUGAGGAGGCUUUCAAUGCUUUUGACCCCCCUCUGUUUGGCAAAUUCCUUCGUAUCCACCCGCGGGGUUGGAUUAAUGGCAUCGCUCUGCGCCUGGAGUUACUGGGCUGUGAAACCCAGCAGUGAUUCUGACACACAUGGCUUAUCUAACCAACACCAUGCAGCAGCAUUUUAGCAAACAAAUAUAUCAUUGUUUCAUUAUGUUGUCAUUGCUUGAAAGAUGAAAAUGUUAUUUUGUUAUUCUGAGCACUUAUAAAGUGACAUAUAUUUUAUAAGACUAGUCGUACAGGAGAGCUGCUUCUCCUCUCUCCACAGCGUUUACAUUUGUAUCCCUUUUCACAUCAUGUUUUUGGUCAUUUAAGCUGGAAAAUUGUUGUAUUGUGUUUGUCUUUAUUUUGAUAUUGUAAUGUUGAAAAAAAGAAGGCGUUUAUUUAAAGGCAAGUAUUUUAUAAGACCUCAAGAAUUCUAAAAACAUAUCUUGAGCUACACAGUGUUUUGUAUGUCAAGCUAACCUAUUUUAAGUGCGUGUAAAUAUUUCAGAGCCAGAUGGAUGUAUAAACUUUGAAUGGUUGAUGUAUAUUGUUAGAAAAGUCUGUAUUAACAUAUUUUUAUGCUUUACUGGAGUUUACAUAAAUACUGAAUCUCAAA